AUGGUGCUGCUCAGGCCCCUGGUGCUUCUUCUUGCUCUGGUUGUCUCUGACCUCCACUCCCUGCCCUGGUUCAUAAAUGUCUCUGAGAGCCAGGGACCUGGCACCAUCCUUCAGUCUUUCUCCUUCAACUGCUCUUCACACACACCCACCCUGGAGUUGCUCCAUGUGCAGCCACCCACCACCUUCUUCAACCCACCUAGCCUAACUAGAUGGCAGGGGAUCUAUGUGGGCAAGAUGACCUUGAGCAGCUCGGCCCGGCUGGAUGCCCUGACAGUGAACCACUAUGAACUGCAGCUGCGGUUCACAUGUGGCAACCAUGUGAUGGAGGGGCCACUGUCUGUGGAUGUGCAGCGGGACCCUGGCCAUAUCCAGUGUGCUGGUCGAUUUGCCAGCCCAGCUGGGGAAAUCAUUCAGGUGCCAGAAACUGUCAAACCUGGGGCCCGGCUGUACACUCUGCUGCUCCCAGGCCAGGGAGCCCAGAUGAGCAUCACCAGUGCCCAGGAUCCGCCAUACUUCCCUGGACCUUUCUCUAUCAAUGGGCAGGGUUGGCUGCAGGUGCCAUCCCAGGGCCUCAAAGGCCAGGCUCAAAAGGUCUUCCAGCUUCAGAUCCUGGUGAACUUUGGACAAGGCCGAAGCUGCUGUGGGAUGCUGACAGUGAAAGUUUUGCCUGCUCCCUCCAGCCAGGUCUCCUUCCUGCAGCAAGCCCAGAAUAUCACCAUCCCGGAGAACCUGGUCCCCGGAAGUAAGGUGGUUCAGGUCCAGGCCCGGGGCUUCGAUGUGCGCUACGAGAUCCUCUCCCCAGUGCCCUGCCGGCUCUUCUCCAUCGGACGCGUCGACGGAGUGGUCCGGACAACGUCGCCCCUGGAGCUGGCGCAAGCCCCAGACGCCGCGGUCACUAGGCUGCGGGUGAAGGCCUUUGAGCGUCUCCGGCCGUGGGCCAGUGCCGAGCUUGAUUUCAAGGUGGACGUGCAGUCGGUCAACCGCUGGCCCCCGCGCUGCACACCAGCGCUGCUGGCGACUCAAAUCCCCGAGACCACGCCUGUGGGCACCGUGCUGAAUACCUUCACUUGCACUGACCCGGACUCUCCUGGCUCCACCCUGGACUACCAGCUACUGUUCCACAGCCCUGCUGGCGCAGCCAGCCUCUGCCUUCAAGACAGAGUCCUGGAGGUGAAUGCCACACUGGACUGUGACACUCCUGGCGCCUGCUUUCAUCAUGCAGCUUCCAUCCUGGUGCUUGAUGGUGGUCAGCCUCUGAUGACCACUGAGGUGCCAGUACUGGUGAUGGUAACACCUGUCAACGAGUUCGCCCCAGCCUGUGUCCCACGCACAUUCCGGGUUCGUGAGGAUGCAGGGCCCCACGCUCUUCUGGGCUCUGUGGUGGGCAAGGACAUGGAUUACCCGCACGACAGCAUUGAGUACUCCACCCCUGGCGGGUCUGCCACUUUUGCUGUGGACCGUCUCAGCGGGGAGGUUCGCCUCCUGGGGCCUUUGGACUAUGAGCUGCAGAAGUUCCACAGGCUCACUGUCCUGCUGACUGACCAUAGCCAAGACCAGGACCCCACCUGCCACCGCUCAGGCUCUUGCACAAUUACCAUUGAGGUGGAGGAUGUGAACGACCAUGCCCCCGAGUGUGAGCCCCCAUUUCAGGAGCUCACCGUCCACACUCACCUGGGCCGCAGCAUGGAGGUGACCAGGGUGUCAUGUCGGGUGCCCCAAGAGCCACAGCGCCUGGCUUUCUCCUACAGCAUUGUGGGAGGGAAUAGUUGGAGCCAAUUCAGUCUGCAAGGAGCUGUCCUGGUGCUCAACGACCUCAUGUUGGGGCCCUCCUGGCCAGAGCAGCCCCAUACUUAUGAGCUAUUGAUCCGUGUGGCCGAUGCAGGUCCCUCUACCCCCCACCUCAGCACCACAGCCACUGUCAUUGUGCAUCUAGUUCCCUGGAGGGCCAGCACAGUGGCCACCAGCACCCACAGAGCCACAGUGACUUCAAUGAUGACACCUCUGCUUGUGACAGACACGGAGGCUUUCUGGCAGCCGGAGCCCUGGUUUGUGGUGGUGCUGACAGUGACCAGUGCCCUUCUCCUCUUGGCUCUGGGCUGGCUCCUCAGCAGGCUCCUGUGGGGGUUGGCCCAGGUGCUACAGGUACCAAGCAAACCAACCCAGGCUCUACUGCUGAACAGUAUCCAGGGAACUGAGGGGUCCGUUGAGGGGUUCAUGGAGGCACCGAGGAUGGAGACACCCCAGGCACCCAGCAGUGUCAUGAGCCUGCAUUUUGAUGGCAGAGCACAGGACCCCCGUACAGGCAGAGAUUACCUGUUCAACACGCACACAGGAGCCCGGCGCUGGCUCUGA